GUGGGUAUGGACUAAACAUGGGAAAAUCAUAAUAUAACCAGCCAGCAGGUUGUGUGUUAAGCUACAAGUAAUCUAAGCUUUGUUGUUUGGUUCUUCAUUAACAAUUAUCAAGAAAUGAGCAGAGGAGAAGGAAAGUGGUCUCUUCAGGGCAUGACUGCCCUCGUCACUGGUGGAACCAGAGGCAUUGGUUAUGCAAUCAUAGAAGAGCUAGCAGGAUUUGGAGCGGAGGUGUAUACUUGUGCCCGGAAUCAAAACGACGUUAAGGAAUGCGUGGAAAGAUGGAGGGAGAAAGGCCUCAAAGUCGCCGGAUCUGCCUGCGACGUAUCCUCACGGCCGCAGAGGGAGGAGUUAAUGGAAAAAGUGGCCAAUCACUUCAAUGGAAAACUCAACAUCUUGGUGAAUAAUGCUGGGACAUUAGUGCCUAAGGACGCAACAGAGUUCACAGCAGAAGAUUACACAAUUGUAAUGGGAACCAACUUUGAAGCUUCAUUCCACUUUUGUCAAUUGGCAUAUCCAUAUCUCAAAGCUUCAGAAAUGGGAAGCAUAGUUUUCAACUCCUCUGCAGCUGGAAUCAUGCCUGUCAUUAAAUCUACUCUCUAUUCCGCAUCCAAAGGAGCAAUAAAUCAAGUGACAAAAAACUUGGCGUGUGAGUGGGCCAAAGACAACAUCCGUGUUAACUCGGUUGCACCUUGGAUCAUCCGAACCAAGCUCGUCAAUGACGCCGAGAUUUAUGCUGAAGGGUCGGAAGAAAUCGAGCGCAUGAUCCGUCGGACUCCGAUAAGCCGGCCAGGAGAGGUCGGAGAAGUAUCGUCACUGGUGGCAUUCCUUUGCUUGCCGGCUGCAUCAUAUAUCACCGGACAAACUAUCUGCGUAGAUGGUGGAUAUACCAUUACUGGUUUUCCCUAAAAUAAACUUUUAUUUUUUGGUUUGUAUGUUAUAAUAUAAUAAAUCUCUUUAUAUUUUUUACGCUUAAAGUAGUGUCAUGUUAAAAGUUAAAUAUCAAGAGACAAGUUUAAGAUUGGAAUUGAAUAAUGUAUGUAGCAUUACCGUGUGUUAAUUGUUUUAUGGAUGUCGUUUCAAAUUUGAAUAAUUAUUAUGUUUGU